CGACUGUGGCCAUCCCUCAGUUAUGGAUUCGAACAGAUGCUCGGCGAGCAGUACACCAAGGAAACUAUGGACGCUUGGAAGAGAUUAUAUAAUUACAUCAGUUACCAGAUGAAGAAAGGAAUGCAAGAUCCAGACGGAAAACAAAUGGAAGACGACCGAACGACAUGA